AUGGAGUGGGACGCACCCAAGAAUGUGGGUGAGAUUCAUAGUUUCUUGGGACUGGCCAGUUAUUAUCGGCGCUUUAUUGAGAACUUCUCACAUAUAUCAGCUCCCAUUACCAAGUUAACCCACAGGGGAGUGAAAUUUGUGUGGUCCGAUGAGUGUGAGAAGAACUUCCAAGGCUUGAAGCAGAAGUUGAGUACGGCCCCAGUUCUGACAUUACCAGAAGGCACAGGAGAUAUGAACAUAGGGAUGGCGGAUCCAGCAGAGGUUGAUCCAACGUAUCUUGGUGGUGGGGAUUACGAGGCUUGGGGUGGCCAGCUAGAGGUGGAGCAGGCAUCAGACUACCUUUGUUAUGAGUGCGCUCACAAGGCACCUUAG